AUGAGCCCCCCUUUCAGCUCUGGUGUCUAUGUGAGCCGCGGGGUGGCCCUGCUGCUGGCCGGGCUGACGGCCGUGCUCCUGCUGGUACUAGUGGCUCUGGCUGCCUUGUAUGGCAGCUGUGCGCGCGUCCAGCCUUCGGAGCAGGAUAGCCCCCUGGAGGAGGACCACGAAUGGUCGCCUCCCGGCGGCUGGGAGUGGGAGCAACCAAUCCCCUCAUAUGAGCCCACGGUGGAGACCUCCCAAGACUUGCAACCUCCGUCGGGGCCCUGGGAUCAUCUGCGCCUGCCACUCUGGCUUGUCCCGCUUCACUAUGAUCUGGAGCUGUGGCCCCGGCUGCGGCCAGAUAACCUGUCCACACCGAGUUUGACCUUCACGGGUCGCGUGAACAUCACUGUACGCUGCACAGUAGCCACCUCGAGAUUGUUACUGCACAGCGUCUCUCUGAAUUACAAGCAAGUGGAAGUGUGGGGUCCUCUGGCCCCGGACACUAGGAACGCCACUGUAGGCCGCGUGCCCGUGGAGAAUGUGCGGUUUGCGCCGGACAUGCAAUACGUGGUGCUGGAUCUGGGCCAAUCCUUGGAGCCAGGUAGCAGUUAUGAGCUGAAUUUCGACUUCUCUGGCCGGGUGCUUCAGGAAGGCUCAGAGGGGAUCUUUCUGAACCUCUACACUGACGAGGAUGAGCUCAGAGCCCUGAUAGCAACUCAAAUGGAACCAACAUUUGCCAGGCUUGUUUUCCCCUGUUUUGAUGAGCCAGCUCUAAAGGCAACUUUCAAUAUUACAAUUAUCCAUCAUCCUGGGUAUGUGGCUCUUUCCAAUAUGCCCCAGCUAGGUCAGUCUGAAAGAACGGAUGUGAAUGGAAGCAGAUGGAAUGUCACUACCUUCCACACCACGCCCCGCAUGCCAACCUACCUCGUUGCACUUGUUGUGUGUGACUUCGACCAUGUCAGCAGAACUGAGAGAGGCAAGGAGAUACGUGUCUGGGGCCGGAAAGAGGAUAUUGCAAAUGGAUAUCUAGACUUUGCUGCAAACAUCACAGGUCCCGUCUUCUCAAUUCUGGAGGAUUUGUUUAAUAUCAGCUAUCCGCUUCCGAAAACAGAUAUAAUUGCCUUGCCUGCUUUUUUCAACGGUGCAAUGGAAAACUGGGGACUGUUGAUAUUUGACGAGGAAUCCUUGCUCCUGGAACCGGAGGAUGAGUUGACAGGCAAAAGAGCCACCAUCUUGAGUAUCAUCUCCCAUGAGGUUGGGCACCAGUGGUUUGGAAACCUGGUGACCAUGAGUUGGUGGAACAAUGUCUGGCUCAAUGAGGGCUUUGCAUCUUAUUUUGAACUUGAACUAACUAACUACUUCUAUCCUAAAGUUCCAACGAAUAUGAUCUUUUAUUUUACGGUUUUACAUGGUAUCCUCAGAGAAGAUCAUGCCCUGGAAUCUAGAGCUGUGUCCACUCCAGUGGGGAAUUUCACAGAUACAAGAGAUAUAAAGAAACUCUUCAACUUAUAUACUUAUGAGAAGGGAGCGUGUAUGGCCUGGAUGCUUGCCAAUUUCCUGAGCCAGCCCUUGUUUGUCAAUGCCCUUAAGUCUUAUUUGGAGACGUUUUCUUACUCAAAUGCUGAGCAAGAUGAUCUAUGGAGACAUAUUCAAAUGGCUGUAGAUGAGCAGAGUAUAAUUCAUUUGCCAGCAACGGUAAAAGGCAUAAUGGACAGCUGGACACACCAAGGUGGCUUUCCUGUCAUCACAUUAAAUGUGUCUACAGGUGUUGUUAAACAAGAGCCAUUUUAUCUUGAAAAGGGUGAAAAUCAGACUCUUCUGAGCCACAAUGAUACAUGGAUUGUCCCUAUUUCUUGGAUGAAAAAUGGAAUCACACAACCUUCAGUCUGGCUAGAUAAAAGCAGCAUGAUGUUUCCCGGAAUGAAACUUUCAGAUUCUGACAGUGACUGGGUGAUUUUAAACUUCAAUCUGACUGGAUAUUACAGGGUUAAUUAUGACGAGUUAGGCUGGAAGAAGUUAAAGCAACAACUUGAAAAGGAUCCUAAGGCCAUUCCUGUCAUUAACAGGCUGAAGUUGGUGAGCGAUGCUUUCGCCUUGUCUAAAAACAAUUACAUCGAGAUCGAGACGGCACUUGAUUUAACCAAGUACAUUGCUGAAGAAGAUGAGAUCCUCGUGUGGUUUGAAGUCUUGGUGAACUUGGUAAACAGGAAAGUUAUCUAUGAUGUGAACAACUAUGCUUUCUACCCAUUAUUGAAGAAGUAUUUACUAAAGAGAUUUAACUCAAUAUGGAAUACUUAUGCAGCUAUAAUUCGAGAAAAUGUGGCAUCAUUACAAGACAAUUAUUUAUCUCUUCUAUCACUGGAAAAGUUUUUUGAAACUGCCUGUUGGUUGGGUCUUGAAGACUGUCUCCAGCUGUCCAGAGAGCUCUUCAGAAAGUGGAUGGCUCAUCCAGAGACAGCAAUGCCUCCUCCAAUUGAAAAGGUGGUUUUAUGCAAUGCCAUUGCUCUGGGAAGUGAUAAGGACUGGGACUUUUUGUUUAAUCUUUACAUCAAUAAGACAGACGAAGAGGAUAUGACUCAUCUCGUUCAUGCAUUGAGCUGCAGUAGAGAUCCGUGGGUACUUACCAGAUUUAUGGAGUACUCCAUCACUGUGGUUCCCUUCCAUUUUAAUGAAACAAAUAUAAUAGAAUCUGUAGCGGCAUCUGAAGUUGGCCGGUAUGUUGCAAAGGACUUUCUGAUGGACAACUGGGUAGCUGUGACUGAAUGGUAUGGACCACUAUGGCUGGAUGAUCUAGUGUGUGUCUUGGGGAAGACUGUCAGUACAGAUAAGCAGGUUACUGAGUUGCAGCGGUUCUUCAGCACUGUGUUGAAGGAGCAGGAGAGGAUCGAGGCUCAUGCCAGAUUACAGGCCAUAAAGAUGGAGAAUCUGAAAAACAAGAAGAGAAUUGCCAGGGUGGUGGAGUGGCUUCGGAAAAACACGUGAUCUGUGGCUUCUUGCAGGCUGCUUCCUGCAGGAUGCUUCUUGCAUCUUAUAAUCUUGUUUACUCACUGUUCUUCUGGCUUUCAUAUUUAGUGACUGGAAAAGUCAUGCGGCUUCUUUUAUUGCGGUACCAUUUCCUACUCAGAGUCAUGCCCUCCCUGAUUUCACUUCUUGCCGGUGGAUCUGUGAUCGCUGGGGAUUUUUGUCAACAUUGCCAUAUAUCUGUGCAAACUUCUCCCCAUGGAGCAAGAAAGCCAUUGAAAUUAUUUUUAACUGCUUCAUUAAAAACAACAAACAAACAAAACCGGAUUGACCUAAGAAAGCAUCACUUAGUCUGAUGAAACGGAUGCCGGUGAGCAUGGCAUCAGUGGCAUCCAUGGGGAGCGCAGUCUACUCCGGGUGGAAAUCCAGACCUGAAAUACUCUACGCCUUAUUAAUAGUUCAAAAAUGGAAGACUGGUGGGAACAUAAGGCAGUGUAAGGACAUGGAAGCUGGAAAUAAAUGAGAUCUACUAGGAUGCAACUCAACCAAAGAAAGCCAAGUUAAGUCAAGUCUGAAAGAGGAGUUGACUCUUCCAAGUGCUGCGAAGCAAAACAGACAGACAGAUCGUCAUUAAACUGACACACAGACCGUCAUUUCCCCCCACCCUCACUUCUCCGCAGUGCCUGUACCUUUGACUCUUUCUUGGCUGUUACUGCCAAUGGUGUCACAAAAGGACAAAUAAUAGUAGAAUCUGCAAAAUGCCCUCAGGAUCUCUGGGUGUGUGGGGAGGGUGGGAUGGAAGUUCUGCCCCAUGGCUCUGUGUAUUCACCUGGGGGGACACUCUUUCAGAAUGCCUGAGAUCAAGGGCAGUAACUGCUGCAGAUUAAUCUGGGCUAAGGAAAAACUCCACAUGAAGAGAACCAAAUGUCAGUCCCCAGCACAAUUAUCAUCAUUUUGUACACAGGAGAAUAAAUUCACUUGGCUACACUGAACCUACUUGCAAUGGGGGCCCAUGGACUUUACAGAGUCACUGAGGCACUGGGACACAUGGACUGAGCUUAGACCACAGAGCACAUGCCUCCUGCUUCAGACGCUAGCUCGUCUAGUGCUUCCUUCUUUACAUUUUGUUGGUGUUUAUUUCCAGAAUGAGGGUGAAAAUUGCGUAUCGCCUAUCUACCUCACAGAAGUAUUGUAAAGAUUAAUGAAUAUAUUGGCUAUGAAAAGUCCUUAAUACUUCUAAACAAGACUAGAAACUUAGAAGUUUGUUUUGAGUAACCUUGUUAAUGAGAGGAAUCACGUAACAAGGGAAAGACUGUAUUCUAGGGGCAGAAAGGGCAAUCAAAGAGAAAACAGGGCUGGUGAACCGCACAGAGGAAGAGACAAGGGAUGGAAAGAAAAACAGGUCAUGGCCUGCCACCUCAUCCAUGUGCAUGUCACAUAAGCAUUAUGCAAACAUAACACUAAAUGAAUACAAAAUAAACAGUAGGCCAUUACACAUUCAAAUGUUGAUUUGGAAUUUGUAACAUUUCACAUUACUAAAACUUAAAACGCCUCUAAGUUUUCUGGAGAAGGUUUUGUACAUAUCCGAGAUGAGAGCAACAUAAAGUCAUUGUGCUAAUGAGCCAACUUCUACUGCAUAAUACUUACAUGGCACACUGCUCACUCCUAUGCCUGAUAAGGAAUCCUUUACAAACCCAGACGAUGUGACUAUACAACGCCUUGCAUACAGCUGUGCCUUCUAUUCCUGUGACUAAUGAGAUUUAAUGGAUGCAAAUAAAAACUGGGCUGGGUAUCCACCUGGCAGCUUCUACUGGCUUGCCACCCCUUUACCACCUUCCUUCUUGGAGAAA